CGCAACGCGCGGACUAAAGCCAUCGCAUCGGCAGAUACCCGGGCACGGACCUUGGUCAGGGUUGCGUUGGCCGAAUGGCAAGGCAAAAUAUGCAUCGAUAAAGCUACAAGAAUGGUACAAUGGGUUUCCGGCUUGCGAAAAAUGAUUUAAUUCAUAGCCACCAUGAACAAGGAUAACUCCGUCCACCAGGUUCCUGAUACACCCGUCCUCGUCGAUGCCUUCCGCAAGUAUCACUGCCCCGCCGUCGGAAGCCGUGCCCAAGCCCUGUUUUUCCUCUCCCAUUACCACGCAGAUCACUAUCAAGGGCUGAGUAUGGAGUGGUCCACG